UGCAGACAGACAACAAUAUCAACAACAAGUUGAAUUGUGUGUAGAAGGUGUGGGGCUCCCUGACCGCACUGCCAACUAGUUUUAGUGGAGGUCCCAACAACGCCCGGUGCCACUGCGCGCUCUGCUGACGCAACCACGUCGCUGUGGCUCAAUGCGAUGGCGGACCGCAAUGUCCCCAGACCUGCCCAGAGAGGGACGGAGCAAAGUCACUGAGCCACUCUCACCGGCUCCCUUAAACUGACUACCUGUUAAAGAGAGGUCGCUGCCAUUGCCGUUCCUCUCGUGAUAUAGUAUGUGGGACGGGAUCUGCUCGGAGUGCACUGACCGGGACGAGCCAGAAGUGGAGUGAGGAGCAGAGCGCCGGGCUGACGCACCGCAUGUUGAUCGAGCAAGUUGACUGAAAUAACAAAAGUCGCGUCGACGAGGAAGGGGACAGCCGCUCUUGGAUUUAAAGGAGAUUCAAGGGGAGAGUUGUUCUGGCAAAAAUGAAAUUCGCGGAGCAUCUUUCGUCCCACAUUACUCCUGAGUGGAGGAAACAGUAUCUUCAGUAUGAGGCAUUCAAGGAUAUGCUGUAUGCUGCCCAGGACCAAGCCCCGUCCAUAGAAGUCACAGAUGAAGACACAGUGAAGAGAUACUACGCUAAGUUUGAAGAGAGGUUUUUUCAGACCUGCGAGAAGGAGCUUCUGAAAAUCAACACAUUCUAUUCAGAAAAGCUUGCUGAAGCACAGAGACGUUCUGCCACGCUGCAGAAUGAGCUGCAGUCUUCACUGGACGCUCAGCGCGAGAGCAACGCUCCACCCGGCCUGCGGAGACGCAAGACAAUGUUCCACCUGUCGCAGGAGGAGCGCUGCAAACACCACAACAUCAAGGACCUGAAGCUAGCCUUCAGCGAGUUCUACCUCAGCCUCAUCCUGCUCCAGAACUAUCAGAAUCUGAACUUCACUGGUUUCCGUAAAAUCUUGAAGAAACAUGACAAGAUCCUGGAUACUUCUCGUGGAGCCGACUGGCGUGUGAUUCAUGUUGAGGUGGCACCUUUCUACACCUGCAAGAAGAUCACGCAGCUCAUCUCCGAGACUGAGACCCUCGUCACCACAGAGCUGGAGGGAGGAGAUCGUCAGAGGGCCAUGAAGAGGUUGAGAGUUCCUCCGCUGGGGGCAGCUCAGCCUGCUUUGGCCUGGACAACCUUCCGUGUGGGUCUCUACUGUGGCUUCUUCAUCAUUCUCGCCAUCGCCUUUGUUCUUACUGGUGCUGUGUUUUUCCGCUCUGAGAAUGUGUGGCCACUAGUGCGGAUCUAUCGGGGAGGUUUCCUGUUGAUCCAGUUCCUCUUUCUGUUGGGCAUCAACACUUACGGAUGGAGACAGGCUGGAGUCAACCAUGUCCUCAUCUUCGAGAUCAACCCCCGAAACAACCUCUCACACCAACACCUGUUUGAGAUUGCUGGUUUCCUGGGUGUGUUGUGGUGUCUUAGCAUCCUCUCCUGUCUCUACUCAGAGUACACCUACCUCCCAAUGCAGAUCAACCCGCUCAUCCUUUAUGGCUUCAUGGUGCUCUUCCUCCUCAACCCCUUCAAGACCUGCUACUACAAAUCACGUUUCUGGCUCCUCAAGCUGCUGUUUCGUGUCUUCACAGCACCGUUUCACCGGGUGGAGUUUGCAGACUUCUGGCUGGCUGAUCAGCUCAACUCUCUGGUGUUUGUUCUGAUGGACCUAGAGUAUCUCAUCUGCUACUACAUCUUUGAGCUGCAGUGGAGCAACAGCAAGGGCCUGCUGCCCGAGUUUAAGGACUCUGAUGGCCAUGUAUGCCACAGCUACUCGUACGGACUGCGUGCCAUCAUCCAGUGUCUGCCCGCCUGGUUCCGCUUCAUACAAUGCCUGAGGCGUUACCGUGACACCAAGAGGGCCUUCCCUCACCUGGUGAAUGCUGGGAAAUAUUCAACCACCUUCUUUGUCGUCACCUUUGCUGCACUCUAUGCCACACACAGAGAGCAAGGACACAUGGACGCCGACAUGUUCUUCUACCUGCUGAUCGUGUUCUCCACCAUCAGCUCCCUGUACACACUGAUCUGGGAUCUGCGCAUGGAUUGGGGUCUGUUUGACCGCGGAGCUGGAGAAAACACCUUUCUCAGAGAAGAAAUUGUUUACCCACACAAGGCCUACUACUACUGUGCUAUUAUAGAAGAUGUGAUCCUGCGUUUUGCCUGGACGAUCCAGAUCUCUCUGAGCACAAUGACCAGGGUCCACUCUGUGGGCGACAUUGUAGCCACCGUGCUGGCUCCCCUUGAGGUCUUCAGGCGUUUUGUGUGGAACUUCUUCCGUCUGGAGAACGAGCACCUGAAUAACUGUGGUGAGUUUCGUGCUGUGAGGGAUAUCUCCGUGGCGCCGCUCAACGCUGACGACCAGACGCUGCUGGAGCAGAUGAUGGACCAGGACGACGGUGUCCGGAACCGCUCAGGCAAGAAGACCUGGAAGAGGUCCUACAGCCUGUCGCUGCGACGCCCCCUGCUAUCCUCACAGUCAAAAAAGGACACAAAGGUGCUAAUCGAAGACACGGAUGAUGAGGCUUUCAGCUGAGUCCACAACGUCAGCAAGUACACACAAACACAGCCAUACUAUACUUAUAAGGACCUCACUCACCAACACCCAACCUCGACCCUUCUCCAGUGUAGUGAUAUGAGUAGUGACCCCCCC